ACUCAAAUGAUUUUUUGUUAUUAAACCGAAGGUGAAUAAUUUUGCCAAAUGACGUCCAUAGCAGGAGGACACGGCGAGGCGAAUCCAAACAGCUCCUGGCUCAGUGCCCGUGGAUUCUGGCUGGCCUAUCUGCUGGGCAUGCUUUCGGUGCACCUGCUCUUCUUAUCAGUGCCCUUUGUCAGCAUUCCGUGGGCCUGGACGGCCACCAAUCUGCUCCACAAUGCGGCCCACCUGUACUUCCUGCACGUUAUCAAGGGAGCUCCGUGGCUAAGCACAGAGAACGAUCCCAGCCGGCGUUGGACGCACUGGGAACAGAUUGACGACGGGGUGCAGAUGACCACAACCCGCAAGUUUCUCACCGCCGUUCCUAUUGUGCUUUUCCUACUGACUUGCCUGUACACCCGGAACAAUACGGAACACUUUAUCGCAAAUUUUAUAUCUCUGGUGGUUGUCACGCUUCCGAAGUUGCCGCAGUUUCACGGUGUGCGAUUGUUUAACAUUAAUAAGUACUAGAAACUGUGCCAUCGCAGAUUAGAUUUAUUUUGUUUAGUGAAAUUGUAUAUAACUUACUGCUGGCACAGCUCUUGUACUCAAAUUGUAAAUCAUGUAAAUAUUCCUAAAUAAACAUAACAAACUAAUUUAAAUUAUUAUUAAAA